CAAAACGCACUUCUAGACUCACUCUUUACUCUCUCUCUCUCUCUCUUAAACGCCGCCGUUUUGGAAUUUGUUUUCGCUGUUUCGUUUUCCAAAAAGGGGCUAAAUAAUUAACGCGGAAAUUCACGAUUUUUUGCCACCAAUAUUUGGGGAAAUCGGAUCUCAGGUUAAUUUCCACCCCUUUUCUUCUUUCUUUCACCGAAUUUGAUAAUUCAAGGAAAUUUCUUUUUGAGAAUAAAGAAGCAGAGUAUAGCGUAGUCCUUCUCGAUUCUGUUCUGAAUCAGUCGAAUGGCAGAGAAAGCAUGCAUCAAGCGCCUUCAGAAGGAGUAUAGAGCACUUUGUAAAGAGCCAGUUUCCCAUAUUGUGGCCCGUCCUUCACCAAGUGAUAUUCUUGAGUGGCAUUACGUAUUGGAAGGAAGCGAGGGAACACCUUUCUCAGGUGGAUAUUACUAUGGAAAAAUCAAGUUUCCUCAGGAAUAUCCUUAUAAACCUCCUGGAAUCAGCAUGACAACACCUAAUGGGCGGUUCAUGACACAGAAAAAGAUCUGUCUAUCAAUGAGCGAUUUUCAUCCUGAAAGUUGGAAUCCAAUGUGGUCUGUAUCAAGCAUACUUACCGGGCUUCUUUCAUUCAUGAUGGACACCAGUCCAACCACCGGCAGUGUAAACACUACUACUGUCGAGAAGCAGCGUCUAGCAAAAUCUUCAAUGUCUUUCAAUUGUAAGAAUGCAACAUUCAGGAAGAUGUUCCCUGAGUAUGUGGAGAAGUACAACAAGCAGCAGCUUUCUGAGCAAGUUACUUCUGAGCAGCCGGCGUCAUCAGAGACUGGUCAAGAUAAAAGUCCAAGGUCUGUUUUGGAAAACAACAAUUUAGAGUCCACAGGAGAAGACAUGAAAAGGGUUGAGGGAUUGAAGGAUGUGAGGAGAAACAAAAAACAAGGAUUUCCAACUUGGAUGAUGUUAUUACUCUUCUCCAUCUUUGGGGUUGUUAUGGCAUUACCUCUACUCCAGCUGUGAAUUUUUUAUGGGUACAAGGGUCCAUAAAGGAUUAUCAUGGAACUGGUUCUUUAUGUUCUGCUUAGGUUUUGUCAUGAUGUCUAACAGGAUUUGUAUAGGAAAUAUUGGACAUGGAGACUAUGUUAAAAAAAUAUGAUACUACUCCUUCAUGUCUGUUUUUGCCAGUUUCUUGGUAUUGAUACUUGUCAUGUCAUGUCAUGUCAUGUCACUCUUAUUCUCUUAAAAUGUGGAGGCUUGUUUUCUUUUA